AUGCAAAAUAAAGAUUUUGUACAGGUCAGGAAAUUGGACAAAAACUCAAGGCAAACUUCUUUAAGUGAUUUUCUUAUAAAGACCCCAAGUAAUAAAAUAUACAAUAAUAAGGAAAUUACUAAGAAUAAUGACCUCUGUAUAAAUAAUCGAUCAGAUGAACUUGAAAAAUACAGUGAAUAUGGAGUUGUUGAUCCAAAUGACAUUUUUAGCAAAAGAGAUUCUAGUGCUGAAGAACUUUUUAACUCAUAUUUAGCUAAGCGAAAAAAACUAAAUAAGGAUAAUCACAGAGUAUCAUAUAAUACUGAAUCAAAAAAACUUUUAAUUUCAGCUUUGGAGUGGUGUUUGAAUCAUAUCAAUUUCUCUAACUAUCGAGAAGGUCAAAAAGAAGCAAUACAUGCUUUAGUGUGUGAACGUAGAGAUGUAAUGUUAGUCUUAUCAACAGGUGGAGGUAAGUCUUUAGUUUAUCAACUUCCAUCACUGUUAAGAAAAUAUCAAAAUGAGAUUGGACUAUUACCAAUAUCAUUAGGAAUGGUAACCAUAGUAGUAAGCCCAUUAAUAGCAUUAAUAGAGGAUCAAAUAGAAUCUUUAAAAAAAUGGAAGAUCAAAUCCAAUGGAUUAAGUUCAGCUAUAAUUCGGAAGGAAGCGGAUGAAAGUGUUAAUAAAGCUUUAACUAACUUGCAUAAAGAUUUGGAGAAACCAAUUCCUGAAAAUAACAUAGUAUUUAUAACCCCAGAGAGUCUUGGUACAGAAAGAGUACUUGCAUGUUUGGAUAUUCUACAGUUAAAUGGAAAUCUUUACUGUUUCGCAAUUGAUGAAGCUCACUGUAUAAGUGAAUGGGGUCAUGAUUUUAGAAUGGCCUAUAGGAGAUUGCACUAUAUAAAAAAAUUAUAUCCAGAUAUUCCUAUACUAGCUUGUACUGCAACAGCUUCACCUACAGUUCAAAGUGAUAUAAUUAAUUCCCUUAAUUUAGAUAAUCCAUUUAUUUCUAUAAAUUCAUUUAAUAGGCCAAAUCUUCAUUAUACAACUCUUGAUGUAGAUAAGAAUAUUUUUCUUUCGAAAUACAGGACUGAACAUAUUAUACUUAAUCUUAUCCACUAUUAUAAUAAAUUAUACGGACAAGUGGAACAUGGUAAAGAAGACUUAAAAAGCGAUUCUGCAGUUAUUAAGAGUGGGAUAACAGGAAUAGUUUAUGUAAACACUAGAAAGCUUGCAAGUAGCAUUUCUGAAUUUUUGAAUAGCAAUGGUAUUAAGAGCUGUGCAUAUCAUGCAGGAUUAUCAUUAAAAUCUAGAAAUAAUAUUCAACAACUUUGGCUUGGGGAUGAGAUUAAUGUAUUAGUUGGAACCAUUGCAUUUGGUAUGGGAGUUCACAAGUCCAAUGUUAGAUAUGUAAUUCAUGCAUCUCUUCCAGAUAGUAUUGAUGCUUACUACCAGCAAAGUGGUAGAGCUGGGAGAGAUUCAAAAAGUUCUAGUGUUGUACUCUUGUACAGCUAUAGAGAUGUUAAGAGUUUGCGGUGUAUAAAACGGAAGUCACUUCAAUAUUUGUACACUAAAAAUCCAAAAAAGGCAGAAAAAUGUUUAGAAAUAUUUAAUGAAAAUCUUAGGAAAAUAGUUGAGUACUCAGAAUGUCAUAUUUUAAGUGAAGACACACAUUAUUAUGAAGGGGAUUCUCAAACCAAAAUUCAAGGAUUUCAAGACCCAGUGAAAUAUGAGAAGUCUUUGAAACGUUAUGGACAAUGUAGGCGAAAAUAUAUCCUUAGUUAUUUCGGUGAAGAAUACAAGCAUUUAUCUUCUACUCCUUGUUGUGAUGUAUGUGAUACUAAACUCCCAAAUUACAAAGCAGAUAUUCUCCUGUUGUUUUCCAUAUCAAACAAUAUAAAUCCUAAAAAUGUAGGUACUUUUCUAAAAAAGAAGAAAAUACACUGGAGCUCCGAAAAAUUUAUAAUUCAACCUAAAGAUGAUUACUCAGUUGAUAAAUACUGCUAUAAUUAUGAGAAUUUGGAAGAUAUUAAUAAUACACAAUAUGAAUAUUUAGAAGAAUCAAAAACAUCAAGUUUCUUAUAUCGAAAUAAAUGCUUAAGUACAAAUUCCGAUAUUCCAAAAGUCAUUAACUCUUCAUUUGCUAGUGCAAAAGGCAUACUAAACAAGUCUAUAGAGUAUAGACAGGGUUUUUCAUCGGCACUGUCACUAAGAAACAAACUGAAGAGAAGUGGAAGUAACUUAUUACAAAGACUCAAAGCAUUGGAAGAAGAUGAAGAGUCACAUUCAAAAAUUAAGAGAGAAUCCGGACGGAAUUUGUAA